AUGACCACACCUGUUCUCCGCGUCGACACAAGCGUCGUAGACGCAAGGAGAGACGGUGCACCCUUCUCACCGGGCCUGGGCACGCCUACCAGCGCAAGGGAUCGCGCGCGGAGUCUGUCUCAGUCUGUCCUCCCAGCUCUUCGCAUCUCCGUCUCUCCCACCGUCGAGAAUGUCCCGUCUUCUGGCAGUAGCAGGGCUCGCAAUGAAUCCCGCAAACUACUCGCGCAUAUCUUGUCGCAGUUGCAGAACAGGCCUCUCCCUCCCUCCAGUUUGCAGACGAUACAGAAUGUCGUCACGCAGACGGAGAAAGGAAUAGGGGCUGUUGUCCAGUCCGUCAAAGGUGCUGUCAAGCACAGGCGUACCAGGUCCGAAGCGAAGGCUCUCAAGGGCAUGCAAGCCGACGACAGCGACAGCGACUUGGAGGACGACGCCGUGUUCACAACCGACACUACGUUCGACUUGAUGAGCCAGCUCAAGGACGUCUUGAUCAUAUCUACCGCACAGAAAGACUCUAUGCGCAACAGGCGUAGCGUGGGACGAAGAUCCUCCAACGGCUCGCGCCCUUCUUCCACGACCAUUACGGGCACGCGAAGCACAACGCACCUCUUAUCCCAGUGUAUUGCGAUAUUGGCCUCCGUGGUCGCUGAGGAUUGUCGUUUCCGAAUAGCCUCGCCUCGUCCUUCUAGGCCUCCAAACGCUCUGCAGUCCGUCAGCUUAGAUGUAGCGCAAUUCCUCAUUCAUUCACAUCGGCAUGACCCGAGCAUACUGUCGCAGGUCGCGUUCGCAAUUAUCCCUGCCUUUCAUACAUUCGACCCAGUCAUGCAUGCGCGCCUUCUGGCUUUCUUCGACGAAGGAUUAAUAGGUCCUACGGUCGAUCAUUUCAAUCGACUGAGGAGCUCCCUCAGCGCCACGCCAGCAGAUACCUCAUUCGGAGGCUCAAGUCAGGGUGACCCUCCGAUGGUUUCUAUCAUGGUCGAGCAAGCAGACGACGGUAGCCCUGCCGUAGAUCCAGAGUCCACUUGGCGACGUUGGUCCAAGGCUGGCGACACCGCGGCCGUCGGAAGUCGGUCGACUUCUGCCCCUGGUCAAGAUCUCGCGAUCUAUCAGCUAUCCUCUUUCAUCCCUGCUUUACUCGCCUCUAUUCUUGAGAAGGUCGAGAUUACUGGAAUAUCGCAAUUGCCAAUCAUCCAUCGGUUCCACCGUCUGCUCGGCAGGAUGCUCGAAGCCAAACCAGACGUCUACCUGGAUGUUCUGUCAGUCGUCGCUUACCACACACCCCGGGCGAGAUACUCUGCACUGUCGGUUCUAUCCUCAUAUUGGCCAAGGUCAUUCGGUCACUUGGCGAUCGCUAAAGCGUUUCCUAUGAUCUCCUACUCCGCGUCCCUGAACCGUGCUACGCAAGGCACGGUGUAUGGCCGUAGAGCGCAAGAAAAUUCGCAUGCGCACCAAUUCGUCCCGUGGCGUUUUAAUGCACGGAGGAUGCCUACAUUGUUUGAAGGCAUAUCGCGGGGUGACUGCCAUGCAUGUAGCAGGACAAUCACUGGAUUUGGGCUCCUUUGCCCGUUCUGCAUGACUGCAGUACACUUCGACUGCUAUGACUAUCCGGAUGGAAGCCAAUUCUCGCAAUACUCAGUGGCUAACGAGGGCGACCGACAGAGGAUUGCCGUCUACCGUUUCUGUCACGUCGCGCCUCACAGACGCGAAAAUUACACUGCUGCCGUGACCAAAGGCCAGCAUACCUUCCGGCUCGUAAAUAUGUUCAGCCUCACCCUGUGCUUAUUGUGCCGUCGACCGCUCUGGGGCUGCAGUAUGCAGGGGCUAAGGUGCACGUCCUGCAAACAAUACGUCCAUUCGUCCUGCUUGGAACGGACAACAAGUACCCUCCCCCGCUGCCGGUCGAUAGCCAUCGACGACGCGUCCGUGACAAUCGAAUGGUCUUUGUUGCGUAGAUCGUUCAGAGAUCAUUAUCGCGACUUGACUCUGGACGAAGACGAGCUUGCGCGGAAGACCUACGAAGAAGUUUCCGUGUACCACGCCAUUCUUUGGCUCCAACUCAAUAUUCUUCAGCAUGGGAUUGCCCUCGGCUCUGUCGUCGUAGCGAAGGAUGGCGAACCCACUUCGCCAACUUCGGAAUCCCCGCUCCACGAAUUUGAGCUACACCAUACGGUGUCUCUGUACGAGGAUUACUUGGAAUCGAACCAACUGCCAGUCUCCACGGUACUUGCAGACCAUCUGCUGGAGAACGGACUUCAGACCUCGGAGGUAUCGCUACUCUUCGAUUGGCGCAUUCUCACGUUCAUGGCGAGUAUAAUCAAAGCUCCCGCUGUCGAGCUGGGCUCGACAGCACCGAACGCGUCCAACUUCCUUGCCGUCGACCGACCAGACAUGUUGGCAGGCGAUACGACGGAACCCUCGUCUUUCUCAUACGAGAUUUUCUCGCUGGCACACAUCCGAGACCAACUCGGUAGCCAGCUGCAUUUGCACGCUGAAGCGGCAGCCAAACAUGCCCUGGUCCACUUGGCGCAUUUGGGUUUCUUUCAGAGACUCGACAACCAGCCUCUGGUCUUUGACGACACAUUCAACCGUCGAGAUACGCGCUGUUUCUCACCGCUCCCUAUUGGUCUUGAGGCCUCUCCCGACGUCGAAACCCUUGUCUCUGCUGUCGAGGCCUGUCUGUCUGAUCUAGACUUGUCCGUGAACGAGGGUGGCUUACUACUGCUUGUGCGGAGGUUCUGGCCAGAUGGCUUCAUGACUGAUUAUGCAUUGCGGAGACUUUGCGCAGCCGUCAUCUCGUGGGUUGUGUCCGAAGAACACAAUCUCGCCAUCAUGCUUCGUGAUUAUGUCGCAAAGGGGCGUAGUCUGCCGGGUGUGCGUGCAGGGUCCGAGAUGCCAACAUGGCCUUCACAAACACAAGCACGACCCGCAAUGACGAGCUCUACCAAUGGCGGAGAUUAUGUUGCAGCGCGUCGAACCUUGCUCGAGAAACAUGCAUCGACAUGGCUAUUAGCACUCCACGACUUGAAUAUAGACGAUUAUACGACGAUGCUGUACGACGUACUCGUGGAUAUCGCUGAAGACGGCGAGUUGGCGGACGAAUAUUUCUUGAAGCGACAACAUGCUUCCGUAGAUAAAUUACUUGGCAUGAUUGUCAAACUCAAUCACGUCUCUGUUGUUUUCACUGCGUUCGACGACCUAUUCAAAUUGUGGCUAAGGAGAGCCCUUUCUCUGAGUCUAGACCUGGAGCCUCUACCGUCUCUUGUGCGACUCUUUAACAGGGAGGUAGAGGCGACCCAACGCUUCAGCACUGUCGCAGAAUCAAGGAGGUCGGUGGCAGACACAUCCGACCUCGCCGCCAGCAGCGCAUUGCGAGUGCUAGUGGAGACGGCGAUGGGAAGUCAAGAAGGUUUUCAAGAAACCAUUCACUGGUUGUGUCUUUGCGUCCGCUCCGGCGUGGAUAUCUCCGUUCAGACCUUUAUGCAGCUAGCGUCACUUGCGCUGCGAUUCGAUACUGGCCUGGCAGACUGUUCUCUGUUGAUCAAAGCUGUCAUGUGGUCUACAUGGCUGAGAUCUGUGGGACGCCAGGAACUUCAGUCGUUGGUGACGGAAAUCCAUGGACACCUCGCGCAGCAAGUCAUCAGUGCUCUCCACGCAAGGGACAACGUCAGCAAUAUUAUCACGCUUCUUAGGCACUCGCUGGCUAUCUGUCUUCUCUUGUAUGGUUCUGAAGCAGAGAUUGCGGGAUUACCGUCCAGACGGAAACUACAUGCAAGGAACCUGACAAUGUCAGAUACGGUAGUCAUCAGUACAUCUUUCAUGAGUCUCUUGCACAAAUACGUGGAGACAGGCAUCGACGAGAUAGCUUGUCUGAUUGCCAAGUUCCUUGACGCCUUCAUGAACGAAGCACCCUUCAUCGAGUCUUACGAGGUUGACAACUUUGUCUUGCAGAAUGGCAAUCUACUGUCUGACUGCGCCUGGCGAUUCUAUGGCGUCCAGCAACCCGGUAUCUCAUUAGUCAGGCCUGCCCUCCUCCUACGCAUCCUUGUGGUGGAUCCCAACCCUCUACAUGCGCUACUCGGCAGUGCCUUCGCCCGCGACAGUCCAUGGGAAACAAGAUUGCAGGCCGCCCUCCAUUGUUUUCGCGUUAUUUUAGACGUCACCAAUCCGGCCUUCAAUGUCGAAGGACGUCAGUGGCGCACAAGCAUCGUGACGAUCAUCUAUCGCUUUUUCAGUUGCUUAUGGGCCGAUGACAGAGAAGAGGUCAGAUCAGUUGUGGAUACAUGGUGCCAUACGCUGUUGCAGGCCCACUUCGAUGCCAUAGCAGUAUGCUGGCAGGACGUUCUGGCUACGUCGCCAAUCUCUGACCGUGCGCAGCUAGUCUCGUUUCUGAAUCAGCUGCAACCACAUUUUCCUACGUGGCACUGUGAGCGCUCAAUUCGUUACCUUCAAAUUAUCUCGCUGCUUUCCCUGGCCUUACGAAUGAUCACCAGCGGAAUAGCGAUAGACCGCACGUCGCUCUUGAAGGUCAAGGACCAGCUCGUCCGGGUCAUCGGCUUCCAAACGGUCUCGAUGGUGCCAGCGCCCAACGGGCGUAGCUUUCACGUUCGCUUCCAAGAUCUUGGUCGAGUCCCUGACUUGGCGUUAAUAUGCCUGAACGAUCUCAUGCUGGUACUUGACUCCGCACAAUCAUACGAUGUGGCACCUUCGAUGAUAGGCGGACAUUACUUCGAAGACGAAACGACCUCGUCUCUGCUUGUCGGGUCGGUUUUUGUUGACGUGCUCAUCGAGCUGUUGGUGUCAACUGAAGACAUGAUGGCACUCCCGUUCAUCACCUCCAAGAACAUUCUCAAGUCGUUCAUCAUCAUCCUCUACAAGCAUGACUUUGACAGUCGACCACUCCGACAUCUGCAAGCCGGUCUUCGCAAAGCUGUCCGUCGGACCUUGGAUCUUGUCCUGGAGGAUAUCAACUACGAGCUGCGACAACUGGCCUUGUCAAUCUGUCAAAUAUUCAUCAAGCGAUGGUCAACGAUGGCAGGGAACUUCCCAAUCGAGGCUAUCGAAUCGGUGUUCAAACUCAUGGCACGCCUCGAUCACGAGCACAAUGGGGACGACGUACUGGUCGAGCAGAGCAAGGCGUUUUUAGUUGCGGUGUUAUCAUAUGCUUACUAUCGUUUUCCGUAUUUCGCCCGCGCUAAUACGUUCGUGAAGAGAUCGUUGUCAGCGGAUGCGUUCAUCUGCCUGCGACAUGCCCUUAUGCCCAGUGGGAAGGCAUCUCGUGGAGUCGCGAUGCAAGGCGGACUCAAGGAUAUCCUUUUGCGCGACACGAUGACCAAAUCACUCGAUAACGACCCAGACUCUUUCCAGACAGUCGUGGAUAAUGUGUGCACGUACGUGGAGGUGGUGCAUCAUACAGGGCUCAGCAUGGACAUGCUACAAGCUGUUGGUAUCUGGCUCACCGGCGUUGCGCGCCGAGCCGCAGAAUGGCCCCAAGGUACAAUUAACCCAGAUCUACUAGGAUACCUAGAAACUUUUCUGAGAGCAACACUGACUCGCUGUGCCAUCUCGGCGGCGAGCCUCACGCGCGUUGUUGAGGUUACCUCCCAAUUGUACCGAAGAGCGGCUGCCUCUGCACAGGGCACUGAUGUACCGCUUGUCAACCCUAUCCUGCUCGUCUUACUCGAGACAACUGCAGAUGGCGUGUACAUAAGGGCCCGUGUAUCCGGAACUACUCUCGCAUCGUUAUUCGAGACGAUGUCCGUCACGAUCGCGGCGGGUCCAAACAAUCCGAAAGCUGCUGUCCUUACUAAUGAACAAGUCAACAAGCUUAGCGCGGAUGCACUCUCAUUCUUGUGCCACGACAGCCAGCUGGGGCGUGACAACGUUACAUUAUUCACCUUUGAUGCAUUACUCGGUGCAGCCAAUUUGCUGUGCGAUAUUGCCCAAUAUCAGACUGGUGCAUUAAGGCUCUGGCAACGCACCGCAACGCUUCGCGCGUGGAACAUCCUGAUUUUGGCUGCGCUGCAGAGUCGGCACAACAGGUCGGCGUCUCUAGUACUCGAUCACUUCGCUUCUUUCGUACCCGCCUAUUGCAACUCGUUGGCCGGCUUCCAGCGCCUCGCACCAUCGUAUCAAACACUGCAGCACAGUCCCAACCACACUGACAUCAGCGGCGCAUAUGCCUCAAUCAAACUCUGGCUCUUGCUUGUGCAACACGUCGACGCUCAGAAGCAACGGUCCGCUGACGUUUUCGGUGAUGUUCAGGAAGGGAAUUUUCGAGGAAUUGAGCCUAUGCUCACGUCGAAGAUGAUCUGGAACGAGCUAUGGCCUCCAUUCGAGAGAGUCAUGAGCGUAUUGGAAGCUGAAGUCUACGCGGGCAGCGUCACGCCGAUGGCCUCAACGGUGUGGACCUCUGUCGCCGAUCUGUUGUUGUUCUUGCGCCAGUCGCGCUCGGUCGUUCUUGAUGCAUCAUCAGAGCUCAUUAUACUAGAGCGACUCCGAGGCGUCAUGCGAGGCGAAUCUAAGGUUGGUUUACAGCUUAUGCGUGUGACGCGCAGUAUGAGUGGACCGCCUCCAGAUCUCCCGUUCGAUUACUUCGUCAAUCAGGUUGUGACUGAGCUGCGCGCGGAAGACAAGCUGUUUGCUGCUCACCGACAGGAUACGGCUCCAGAGAGAGGGCGACGAAUAGUGAGCUAA